CGCCUCUAAGGUAAGGAAAGCACUAAAGAAAAAAGGUUUGCUGUUCGUAUUUUUUUUGACUGAAGCAAAGGAUUUUAAUACCAAUAAAUAUAGUAUAUUACUAUUAGCAUUUCUGGAACGAAUUGCGUUAUUAUUUUUUCUGAUUAACGGUAGCUACUGCCACUGUUCCAUCUACAAUAACUCAAGCAAUCGAUAUUUUGCACUCUUCAUGGAGAAUUUAGAACAACAUCAGAGUGAUUUUGAUAAGCAGCCUGACCGAAAAAGUUCAGGAGUAAAAGCUGAGACUCAUGAACGGUCACAAUCAAUCUCUAGGGAGUCUGGCGAAUCAACGAAUUCAAACUAUUCUCCAACACACUUUAAAGAAAACGCUUCAGUAAAUGGAUAUGAGAAGUUUUCGGCUAAACAGGAAGAACCAAUGUCCCCAGAAUGCAGUCAUUCUAAAUCAAAUAUAACCGAUGAUUAUAUUGGUAAUUUUUCAACUGAAACCAAAAAACCCUUGAAGUCAUCAAGAUUUCGGUCGAAACCAAGAAAAAGUAGUUCUCUGUCUCCAUGCCGUGGUGAUAAUUCACGAUCAUCAGAAGGAGUAAAAUCAUUCGAGGACCAUUCAUGUUCACACUCCGUAGCCUCCAAGGGGUCUGGUUCGAAAUCUAAUAGUGAUGAGAAUGCAUCACGGCACCAUUCAAGGUCUACAUCUAUUUCUGGACUAAAAACGAAUUCUAAAUCAAGAUCUAAAUCUAAAUCUCCGCGAUUCAAUAUGGAAGGUGAACAGUCAAGAAGAUCUAGAUCGCGGUCGAGGAGUUCUAAGAACAGUAAAAGUCGAUCGGUGAGGAGAUCCAGAUCGCAUUCAGGAUCGGAUCGAAAUUCCGUGACGUCGAAUCACUCUAAACCGAGUUCGGAAGUCUCUAUUCAAUCUGGCAGAAGUUCUGCUGCCUCAAAUCGAUCAAGACCCGAUUCGAUCGCUUCAACAGAAGAAAAACACAUACUUAGACUGUCAAGUAAGUCAAGAGACAAUUCUCCUGGCUUAAGAGGUUCGAGAGCACUCUCUGCAGCGUCGAACAAAUCCAGACCAGGAUCAACUGUAUCGAAUAGGUCCAGAUCACGUUCUUUAUCUAGAGAUGCUUCUCUUACUAUAAGAAAAUCAUAUGAAAGGUUUCAUUCAGAGUCUCCAAGCACAUUCAGACCUGGUUCUCGCAGUACUAGACAGUCGCAUUCUAAAUCUCAUUCACGAUCCCCACGACGUUUAAUCAUUUCUAACAGGUCAAGAUCUCGUGAAUCCGAAACAUAUUCCCGUAAAUCAAAAUCCAGAUCACGAUCACAUUCUGUUAAAGAGAGACCAAAAUCCCAUUCAUUCAAGUUAAAAUCUAAAUCACGAUCCCCUAUAGUACCGAGAGGCAUGUCUCGUUCUGAUUCUGCAAAAUCUAGAUCCAGAUCGCGUUCAUGCUCCAGAUCCAUGUCAAGGUCUAUUCAAUCGAGGUCUCGAUCAUGUUCGGGAUCUCCUACUUCCCGAUCAGGGUCACGUAAGUCCAGAUCCAGGUCACGUUCGCGCUCAGUAAAAUCAAGAUCUCGUUCCGGUUCUGGAACUUCGUCAUAUUCUCAGCCGAUAUCCAGGCGAUCCGUAUCAUGUUCGAGGUCAAGAUCUCCAUCUCGGUCACGUUCAAGAUGCAAAUCUAUAUCAAAAUCACAAUCUCGAUCACGAUCACGGUCGGGGUCUGUACAAUCGCAUUCGCAUUCUCGAUAUCGAUCACACUCACGUUCAAAGUCACGAUCAAUCUCUAGCUCGCGAAGAAGAAGCAGAAGUCCCAGCAGAGACUCUAUUGGAAGUUCAGUCGGUUUCAAACGAAAACGCAGAAUUUCGAAUUCUGAUUCUGAGAUCGACGGUGAAGUUCGGGAUAAAAAGUCAAAGCAUCAAAGUCCUGAUUCUAGAGAGGAUAAUGUAGAAAAAAUAAUUACCGAGAGAGAUGAAGAUGAGGAGAAAAGAAUAUUAGGAGAUGAGAGGGAGGAAACGCUCACACAGUCGCGUUUAAUGGACGACGGCGAGGAUUCUGACGAAGGAGUACGAGAAGGAGAUGGGGAGGAGAAUGAUCACAUGUCUGAUUUUGAUCGUAUGUUGGCACGCAAGAAGGAAGAGCAGACACGAAGACGUAAACGCAAAGAUAUCGACAUUAUCAAUGACAACGAUGAUAUAAUAGCCCAAUUAUUAACAGAUAUGAGGAAUGCCUCGGAUGAAGAUCGGAAAUUGAAUCAACAGUCCAAACCGGCAACUAACAAAAUAGCGAUGUUGCCCAAAGUCUUGUCGCAGUUGAAAAAACACGAUCUUCAAUUAGCUUUCUUGGAGCACAACGUGCUCUCGGUACUGACCGAUUGGCUGGCGCCUAUGCCAGAUCGUUCUCUGCCUUCUUUACGAAUUCGUGAUAGUUUGUUGAAACUUCUGUGGGAAUUUCCCAGAAUUGAUCAGGGGUCCUUAAAGCAAUCAGGGAUUGGAAAAGCUGUAAUGUAUCUUUAUAAACAUCCACGAGAAACAAAAGAAAAUAAAGAACGAGCGGGAAAAUUGAUUAACGAAUGGGCGAGACCAAUAUUCAAUCUAUCCGCUGAUUUUAAAGCGUUAUCGAAAGAGGAACGGCUGCAAAGAGACCUAGAGCAGACGCCAUCAAAGCGGAGAAAAUCGAAUGAAGCUGAUACGGGUCACAAAUCUGAUAUCAAUAAAGCACUGAAGCAAAACGAUGCGAAACAACUCAGACCUGGUGAUCCCGGAUGGAUUGGGAGAGCUAGGGUUCCUAUCCCAUCGAACAAAGACUACGUUGUCAGACCGGAGUGGAAGUCAGAAGUGGACAUCAGUCGUACCACUAAGAAACAAAUGAAUAGAUUCGAAAGACAUAUGAAAAAUUAUAUGGAUGGUAAGAGGAUAAAAGCUGCGAGAAGAGCAGUUGAUAUUUCCAUUGAAGGACGAAAAAUGUCAUUAUAAUUCUAGUUGCAUAUUUAAGUUCUUUUUAUUAUGAUUCAUAUAGCAUUGUAUUAAGUGAAUUACUUGAUAAAUAAAUAUCUACAAUUACUUCCAAUAUC